AUGCAGACAGCUAUCCACUCUCUAGGAUUCCAGCGACCGACCACCAUCUCGCUCCAUCUCGUACCUCAACAAGCGCUACCACGUGGCAUACCGCCAUCGACAGGCCUCGCUUCAAUUUAUUUAUCCAAUUUUGGACUAUCGGAAGAUCGCUUCGACUCUCGGCUUGCGUCACUCUCUGGCCAGAGCAUCUGCUUCGGGGUCUGCUAUGGUCCAUAGGAGG